UUCUAAGAAAAAGCCCUUGGAACUUUUGGGGAAGAGGGAAGGAAACCGAAGCGCAAGAGACCAGUGAGAAAGAGAGAGAGUGAAAAAGGCAACAGAAACACACAUAAAAUGAUAAAACCACUUGCUCGUAUGGCAUCGUUUCUGUCAAACCCUCUUUCCAGUCCAUCUCUGCUAGCAUUAGCCAUGACACACGCUCCCCAAGUACACCUACACAACCCUUAGUUCCCAACGCUCGUUUUGCUCCUCUCUGCGCCCCCACCAACUUCUGCUCCUCCAAUGGCAACGGCUACUUUCUUCUUCCUCUUCCUCCUAUUCUUCUUCUUCACUUUGCCUUGAUUCUUCCCCAUAUUAUCAUCCGCGCAAAGCAGUCAAACGCUCAUUCCAACCAAUCUCCGCCGGUAUUAGCCGUAGCACACUCUACAUAUAUAUAUUCUAACACUCGGUUUGCUCAUCAGAACCCCUUUUUCUCCAAUGGCAACGUUUAGUUUCUUCUUCUUUUUCUUCUUCCUCUUCACUAUGCCGUGCUUCAUCGCCAUCUUAUCCUCUGCGCAACGCAGCGGCAAAAGUUUGUCGGAGAUCCAAGCAUUAACGGCCUUCAAAGCUGGUCUCUACGAUCCGUUGGGGGCAUUGGACGGCUGGGAUUCGUCCACCCCGACGGCGCCUUGUGACUGGCGUGGCAUUGUGUGUUAUGAAAAUCGAGUCCGCGAGCUCCGCUUGCCUCGUCUCGGACUCCGUGGUCGGGUCAGUGACCAACUCGCUGACUUGCGAGAGCUGCGCAAGCUUAGCCUCCACUCCAAUGGCUUCAACGGCUCCAUACCUUCGUCGCUCUCCCAAUGCGCUCUCCUACGCGCCGUUUACCUUCACUACAACUCGUUUUCUGGUACUCUGCCGCCGUCCAUAUUUAACCUCACCAAUCUCCAAGUACUCAACGUCGCUCACAACCUCCUGUCUGGAAUAAUCCCCGUAUAUGUAUCGCAGAGUCUCAGGUACCUCGAUUUAUCGUCGAACGCAUUCUCCGGCGAAAUACCGUCGAACUUCUCUGUGAAAUCUCAGCUCCAACUUAUCAACUUAUCGUACAACCGGUUUUUGGGUCAAGUCCCGGCGAGAAUAGGAGAGCUUCAGGAGCUUGAGUAUCUCUGGAUGGACUCGAACAAAUUGUACGGGACUCUGCCUUCGGCUAUUGCAAAUUGUUCCUCCCUCAUACAUCUCAGUGCUGAAGACAAUGCGCUAAGAGGUCUGAUCCCGGCGAGCAUCGGAGCGAUACCGAGGCUUCAGGUGCUAUCAUUAUCGCGCAAUGAAUUCUCAGGUUCGGUCCCCGCAUCUUUAUUCUGCAGCAUUGCGUCAGCCAACCACUCGUUUUCGCUUAGGAUUGUUCAGCUGGGUUUUAAUGCACUCACGGGCAUAGUUAAGCCGCCAAAUGGGAAAUGUUUAAGUGUCAUGGAGGUAUUGGACCUUAAAGAGAAUCAAAUACAUGGUCUGUUUCCGACGUGGUUGGCCAAUGUGACGACAAUAAGGGUAAUGGAUCUUUCUGGGAACUUCUUUUCGAGUACGCUACCGGUUGAGAUUGGCAAUCUUUUGAGGUUAGAGGAGCUUAGAGUGGCGAAUAAUUCACUCACUGGCGAGGUUCCUAGCGAGAUUGUGAAAUGCAGUUCGUUACGGGUACUUGAUCUUGAAGGGAACCGAUUUUCGGGUUUGGUUCCUGGUUUUUUUGGAGGACUAGGGAGCUUAAAGGUGUUAUCGUUAGGAAGAAAUAUGUUCUCCGGUUCAAUCCCACUGGAACUUGGAAGGCUCUCCGAGCUUGAAAUGUUGAACUUGAGCGACAACAAUCUCACAGGGAAUGUACCGGAGGAGAUAAUGCGUCUGAGCAAUUUGAGUGCUUUAUAUCUUAGCAACAACAGGCUCUCCGGAGAAGUUUUAUCUAAUAUCGGGGACUUGAGUAACUUGCAGAUUCUUAACCUGAGUCUUUGCGGGUUUUCGGGAAGCGUUCCUGCUAGUGUUGGGAGUUUGAUGAAGCUAGCAGUUCUUGACUUGAGUAAACAAAACCUAUCCGGAGAGUUGCCCAUUGAGCUCUUCGGGUUACCAAGCCUACAGGUUGUUGCUCUAGAAGAUAACCACUUAUCUGGGGAUGUUCCUGAAGGUUUCAGCAGCUUGGUUAGUCUACAAUAUUUGAACCUCACGUCAAAUGCCUUUACUGGUGAGAUUCCCGCAACAUAUGGAUUUCUUCAAUCACUAGUUGUUCUCUCCGCAUCACGCAAUCGUAUUUCGGGUAAUCCCCCAGAACUCGGUAAUUGUUCUGAUCUUGAAGUGCUUGAGCUUCGCUCUAAUCGUUUGGAGGGGCACAUACCAGGUGAUAUUUCUCGCUUAUCUCGUUUGAAGGAGCUUGAUUUGGGUCAAAAUAGAUUAACAGGUGAAAUCCCAGAUGAGCUCUCCAAAUGCUCGUCUCUGACUUCUCUGUUAUUGGACGCAAAUCACCUUGCAGGUCAUGUACCUGACUUAUUGUCCAAUUUAUCGAAGCUAACAACGUUAAAUCUUUCCUCUAACAGAUUGAGUGGAUCCAUUCCCGCAAGUCUUUCACGUAUUUCUGGUUUGAGAUACUUAAAUUUGUCUAGCAACGACCUGGAAGGUGAAAUUCCAAAAAUGUUGGGUACUCGUUUCAAUGAUCCUGCUGUUUUUGCCACGAAUAGAAAUCUAUGUGGGAAGCCCUUGAAAAGAGAGUGUGCAAAUGUGAGAAGGAGAAAGAAGAAGAGGCUGAUUCUAUUUGUCGUCGUGGCUGUAGUUGGGGCAUGCCUUUUGACAUUAUGCUGUUGUGGCUAUAUCUACGGCCUCUUACGUUGGCGCAAGAAGCUUAGAGAAGGGGCAACUGGGGAGAAGAAACGGAGCCCGGCUCGUGCAAGCUCAGGAGGUGAAAGGGGUCGUGGUAGUGGAGAAAAUGGAGGGCCAAAACUGGUCAUGUUCAAUAACAAAAUCACAGUUGCAGAGACAUUAGAAGCAACAAGACAAUUCGAUGAGGAAAACGUCCUGAGCAGAGGAAGAUUUGGUCUUAUAUUCAAGGCAUCUUUCCAAGAUGGAAUGGUGCUAGCAAUCCGUCGCCUUCCCGACGGGUCCAUCGACGACAACACUUUCCGCAAAGAAGCAGAAUCACUAGGUAAAGUGAAGCACCGAAACCUAACUGUUCUGCGUGGCUAUUACGCAGGGCCACCCGAUCUAAGGCUCCUCGUCUACGACUACAUGCCCAAUGGAAACCUUGCCACUCUCCUCCAAGAGGCAUCUCACCAGGAAGGGCACGUACUCAACUGGCCAAUGCGUCACCUCAUUGCACUUGGCAUUGCUCGCGGGAUAGCUUUCUUGCACUCGGUCUCGAUAGUCCACGGUGACGUCAAGCCGCAAAAUGUUCUCUUCGACGCUGAUUUUGAAGCCCAUUUAUCUGAAUUCGGCCUAGACCGACUAACCAUAGCAACUCCAGCAGAAGCAUCUUCCUCGUCCACCCCGAUCGGGUCCUUAGGCUAUGUAUCACCAGAAGCAGCUUUGACUGGGCAAGCCACAAGGGAAGCGGACGUGUACAGUUUCGGAAUCGUAUUGUUAGAGAUUCUAACGGGAAGGAAGCCGGUGAUGUUCACACAAGACGAAGACAUCGUGAAGUGGGUGAAAAGGCAAUUGCAGAGGGGCCAGGUCUCGGAGCUGCUUGAACCGGGUUUGCUUGAGCUGGACCCGGAGUCAUCGGAGUGGGAAGAAUUCCUAUUGGGAGUGAAAGUAGCACUGCUUUGCACAGCACCCGAUCCACUCGACAGACCAUCAAUGACCGACAUUGUGUUCAUGCUUGAAGGCUGCCGGGUCGGACCCGAAAUCCCUUCCUCAGCCGAUCCCACCUCGCUGCCCUCGCCAGCCUGAAAUCUUUUUCUUCAUUCAUCCCGGAAUUUCUUCCCUGAAAGAAGUCAUUCUUUGAGAUUAUCUGUGAUGAUUCAUGGAAUGUAAUGUUUUUUAUUUUUAAAUAUUUCUAAGCAAUUUCUUGAUUU